UCAAAAGUCAACAAUCGAAAGUCGCAGGUGCAACUUCAAACGCUAGCAGGAAGUGACGAACGGGCCUUGGCGAAAACGUUAUAGUUGAGUUUAAGAUUGUAUCUUUACGUUACAUUCAAACGUUGUACACACUGGAUCUUAUUAUGAAAUCAAACGAAGAUGUUUGAGGCAGCUGGCCUGAUCUUCUUGACAUCGUUUAUAUUCACGCAAUGGCACUCAGGCAGUUACGUCGAGUCUGCAUUUUGCAAUAAUUCCUUGUUUGUUUCGCAGACAAACGGACAGAAUCGUCGCACGAUCAUACAAGAUGGAGAUUUUAUGCUGCAAGGAAUUUUCUCUCAAACGAAAGGACCGGACUGUGGAACAAUGUCCAGAGAAGGCGUUGUCAAUGUUGUUGUGAUGCAACUGGCUAUUGAGCACAUUUCGCGUUCCAACAUCCUGCCUGGUUUCAAACUUGGCUAUCAGAUUGACGAUGGCUGUACAGACAUCCCAAAAGUCAUGAAAAGAGGUAUCGAAAUUGUUUCAAUGUACCGGCCUAAUUCUGUUUGUAGGGCAGACUUUAUUGACUGUAAGUCAAAUAAAACUGGGCAAGGUGUCAAAUCGAUCAAUGCUGUGGUUGGGCCAGGGUACUCAUUUCUCACGAUUCCUCUAGCAAGUUUAAUGGGACUCUACAACAUUCCACAUAUCAGCUACCAAGCUUCCAGCAGACUCUUAAACAAGCGUGAGUUGUAUAAGUCUUUUUUUCGAACAAUACCUUCAGAUUCAAAUCAAGUGCUUGUUAUGCUGGACAUGAUGAAGAAAUUUGGAUGGAAUUAUUUGGUUGCAAUUGGUAGUGAUGAUGACUAUGGUAAAUUAGGUAUUUCAGCAUUAAAAGAGGCAGCAGCAAGCCGAAAUGUCUGCAUUGCAUAUGAUGCGUAUGUUCCUAAUACAAAAGAUAAAAUGAGACCAAAAGUUGAUGAGAUUGUGAGUCAAUUAAAAGCAUUACCAAAAGCAAAGCUUGUUAUUUUGUUUACAUACACCUCAAUGGGUGAAAUGAUUCUACAGGAAGCAGAGAAAAAUAAUAUUCACAGAGUGUGGCUGACAAGUGAUGCCUGGUCUGCUACUGGACCUUCCCUGAAUGUUAGUGAACAGUGUUUAUCUGGUAUCAUGACAGUUGCAACUGAGAAAGUGAAAAUACCAACUCUUGAGCGAUAUCUUGAAAGCAAGAUCAGUAAUGAAGCAGAAUGUAACCCUUGGCUGGCCUUGUACUUGAAACAACAAUACAACUGUCAUUUUAUAAACCAAGUAGCAUCAUGCCCUGGUCAAACUCCAAGCAGCAUUAGUGAAGAGAUGCUAGCCGAUAACAGUGGAGGUUAUGGAAAUUUAUAUGAUGCAGUGUUUGCAGUUUCUCACAGUAUACAGGCCAUGUUGACAAAGAAAUGUGGGUAUCAAACAAGUAGUUAUAACAAUACUAUUUGUUUUCCAUUCAGCCCAAAAGAGUUGCUUGCUGAAAUACCCAGAGUGAACUUCACUGGAAUUUUCAGCAGGUCUGUGGCCUUUGAUGGACAAGGUGACCCAAAGGAACCCCAUUAUAUUAUCGAGAAUAUUCAAAAAAUUAAUGGAAGGUUGCAGUAUGUUCAGAUAGGAACAUGGGACAUGCUCAGUGCAAAGCAAAGAGGGACUUUAAAUCUUAACACAGAAAAG